AAGAUACCCGAAACACCGAAUCUCACGUACACGUAGCUGUGCAUUAAUAUGCGUAAGUGGAGGGGUAGUUUCCUCUGGACACCAGUCUACCGUCUGGUAACACUGUAUAGGUAUCUGGUUGUCAUCAUCUGUUCGUGGAACUGUGUUAUAUCGUAUGUAGUAUCUGUUCACACAUCAUAGGAAAGGAAAUAGAGCAUCUCCUGAUUUAAAAACAACAAAUGGCUAACGCAUUAGGUGCUGUCGAUUGGGAAGAUCUGCGAAGGCAAGCAAGACAUCUAGAGAAUGAAAUUGACGCAAAGCUUGUAGCAUUCAGUAAACUUGGUAUCAAUACUGGCACCAAGCUCAUUAAUACAGAUGAAGUACCACUUCUGGACGAAGAACAUGUCUUUGAGAACAUGGCCUCAGAGAUAGAAGCUUUAUUAACUAAAUUAUUCUCUAUAAACGAGAGAAUGAACGAGUUACAACCAAACGGUGCUGCGAUGCUACAUACUAUGCAGCGUCACAAAGACAUACUAAAGGAUUACAAGCUCGAAUUCAAUAAAAUUAGAAAUAAUUUUGAAGCAAGAAGAGACAGAGAAGAUCUACUGGGAAGCGUUCGUAAAGAGAUCGAUAACUACAAGAGUGCGAGCGGACUGAAUCGCCGGGAGAUGUAUUUGAAAGAAAGUCAACAUAUUCAGAAUUCGGAUCGUUUAAUCAAUGAUCAGAUAAGUAUAGCGAUGGAGACGCGAGAACAUUUGAUGACCCAGAGGCAUACAUUUAAACGUAUACAAACCAGAUUAAACGAUAUUUCAAAUCGAUUUCCAGCGGUAACUAGCCUAGUACAAAGGAUAAAUCUACGUAAAAGACGAGACUCUCUAAUUCUCGGUCUUAUCGUUGGAUUUUGCACGUUCCUUAUGCUCUUGUAUGCUUUUCACUAAAUAACCAUCUAUACCAAAGUUACUUCCACCCUUAAUGGGUUAGUGAUUCGUCAAUGGGAAUGCAUAUAUGUAGAAGUAAGAGGUAUUUGGUGAUGUAUUUACAAAAUACAUGCAAAUAGGAAACGUUGAAAUUGGAAAGAGCGUGGCUGUGCGAGAUUAUACGUGAGUGAACUCUGAAUGGUCGAAUGAAUGUCCUCGUUCUUACAAGUAAAAAAAACAAACAAACAAACAAAAACAACAAAAAGAAAACAAACAAAAAAAAAAUGUUGAAAUGUACAGUUUUUUUAUACCUAACUUAAGUCGUGGGUCAAACUAUGUAUAGAACUUUAAUCCACGAUCGACAUGUUAAUUUAAUAAACGUUAAAAUCAAUGAUGAAAAUUUUACGCAUUUAUAAAAUUAUAUUUGUACUUUCUCUCGAUUUCCUAUAUACACGACUACGAACGUACCAUACCUAAAAACAAGGUCCGUGGAAAAUUAUGCCUGCGUAAAAAGCUUCUCGAUAUUAAAUAGAAAUUAAUGCUUCAUAGAAACUCAACCUACGCGCGGAUGUGUGUCGGUUUUCAUAGAUCGAAAAGAAAAAUAAUACCAAAAAUCAUUACUAUUUGUCGCAGUACAACAGACUGAUAUUUAUAUAAGGUUUUUUAUUCACUAUUCGUAUAAUUUUAAUGCAAUGCACUCGCACUCGCAAAAGGAAAACAAUUUACAUAUUUUCUUUACUUGAAAUCCAUUGUAUUUUAUACGCCUAUGUGAUCAAUGUUUCUAUUAUGCUCCGCGGCGUAACGAGUGUUCGAAACAACGAAAGGAAAGAAAUGUAGUGGAUGCACGACACCGGAGAAAAGUUGCGCGACAACGAAGGGGGGAGGAAACAAUGUUAAUGAGAACAUUGCAAUAAUAAAACCGGACUUCGUAUCGAAGGAUCGAUCUUUUUUUUUCUUUUUAACAUCAUCUUUUUUCAUUUUUACUACGAAGUAUUGAUUUUACAUACACAGAGACAUUUAUACAUGUAUAUAUACACACGCACGUACAUAUAUAUAUAUGCAUAUAUCUUCAAGUCUCUCAUUCGAGUUCACAAAACACAGCACGUUACGAAAGGAAUCGUUCCGGGCAAGUGCCAGUGCUUGUUUCCACGUAUACUAGAUACCACAUUUAUAAAUUACACCUUGCUUGCAAUAGGAACUCAAAACAAAAAAAAAAAAAGAACAAAAAAAAAAAUUGUAAAAAUAUUCGAAUAUAAGGUACACGUGUGACCUAAAACUGCUUUAUAUUCUUUAAUAUAUAAUAUUUACAGUUUGAAACCUUCCAUAUAAUCACAAAUCACUUUCUAUAUUUAAAUUUCGUUCAACUGGUUUACUUUUCCCGAUAGUUUUCCAUUAUCUUUUCCCCCAGGAAUCUCCGCAUUUGUGACGAGUAAACGAUUCCGCAGAUUCGUUUCACGUGAUUCUUUUGUAAUAACCGAUUGCCAUUAAAAACAUUGAUAAACCAAACCAAACGAAUGAUCCCUUGUACAUUGUACAAUGUACGUAAAUAAAUAAUUUAUAGGUUAUCUUUUCUAUCGUAUCCAAUUCCACGAACAAACAGAGAAAUGCAACGCAAUAAGGACGUUCUUAUGUAUGCUACGUAAACGGUUGUAUGUUACAUUGUUUUCUUUUUUUUUUCAUUUUUUUUCUUCCUCUUUCUCUUUUUCUUUAUAAAUGCAAUAUGUAGUGUAUCCGUAGAAACGCAGUAGUUUUCUUGUGUGCUACGUCAAAAACGAUUCUUUGCAGUGAGGGGAGUCGCGAAGGAUUGGAAAAUAUUCACAAUCACGUUUCCGUUCCCGUAGCGUCGAACACGCCGGACAAUAUUUAAUCCACGUAUCACCUUACAAUCGAGAAUCUACCAAAGAAAAAUCCGAUUCUAUCGUAUUGCUCCGGAAUUACUCUACACGCUAAUCCGAAUAUUUUUCAUUUUAUUGUUUCCCGUAAUCGACAAUAGACUGCGAGAUCCAACCCACUUAGCACUCUAUCGAAACUCGCCCAGGCGUACAAACAAACAACAGACAUCUACUCAAUAUACAUGCGAGCCGCAUAACUACACUUUAUGAUUCUGAAUAUAAAUAUAUUGCCGUACGUAUCGUUUGAAUCUAAUUAUUUUUUUUUAUCCCUUUAAUGCCGACUACUUAUAAAUGGAGAACAUCGGGAGACAAGGUCGCAACAAUUUUCGUUUUAAUUUUAAAUUAUCGGUAAAUGCUACUUAACGGCGACACAACGAACUUGUAUCGAAGUGUCUAAUAGAAGUGAAGAAAACCUUUUGUUCGAUUCCAAUCACCGAACGCGAAUUUAGGAAAAAAGGAAACAAGUUACGUCUACAUUGGCACUUGAUUUACAAACAACGAACAUUCUGCUUCAACGUAAUGUUUGAUGUGAUAUAACGAUCGUUUAUUACCUCGCCCCCUUCCCCCACCUCGGUCAUAAUAGUAAUAGUUUUGCAGUGGGAGUUACUAAUACUAAUAAUAGUAGCAGUAGUAGUGUAAUAAUAUUAAUGGUAGCAGUAGCAAUGAUCAUAAUUAACUAUCCGAUCGAUUCAACGAUUAAACAAAAGUUGAACAGUCGCGUAUACAUUCUGUACUUUCCAGCGAGAAUUGAUCGUCAUCCUUCACUGUCCCUCGUACAUUACUAAUACUACGUACACUCUUCUUCCUUCGUAUUACACUUACUAUAUCGAUCACAAUACACGAGUAAGCGAAUUUCCCCGACCUACUGCUACGAUUUAUACAAUCGAUUCUCACUGGAUGUCGCUUCGGUCCAGGAUAUAGUUAGCGUAAAAUACGAAUUCCUUAAAGUCGAUACGAAUCACCUAAUUAAAUUGUUCGUGCUUCCCAAUAUGAAUCUCACAUUUCUUAACCUCGUUCCACUGCGAAAUUUCAGUUGUGACAGACGCAAAGUAAAGCUACGUCGCACUGGCCGAAUCUCUUCCGCAACGCGAUCGAAAGGAACGAAACCCUAAAUAUCUCCUAUCCGUAUGCAACGAAAUGCAUCUCGCGGAAUCUUUAAUUUUAAUGUUUCUAAAAAAAAAUGGCUACUGAUUUCGAUACCUUCUCCCUUUUUACGCGAAACAAACGAACAGAAAGAUGGAAAAUUGUACUCCGUUUCGAAACCUAACCCAACGUAAUACGGGCGUAGUCUACGACUAAAAAAUUUUUU